CGCGGCCCACCACUGACCGGCCCGCGCGCAGGCCGAGAGGCCAAUGGCGGCCGGGGGCAGAGCCUGCGGGCGGGCGGCCCGGCCGGUCUGGUCGCCAUGAAGGAGCCGGGGGCAGCGGCGGAGGAGGAGGUGUUGCGGGACUACCUGGGCUACUAUGCGGCCCGGGGGGCGGAGGGGAAGCUGGCGGUGUGCGAUGAGGCCUCCCUGAAGGCAAGGGCGCGACGGCUGCUGGGCCCGCGGCGGCGCGGCACCCUGGAUGUGUGCAGCCUGGCCGAGCGGUGCCGGCGGGCCCGAGGCGGGCGAGGAGGCGGCGUCCUGCGCGACCUGCUGAAGGCGCUGGAGGUGCUGGAGCUGCUUUGCAUCAACCUGCUCCUCUCCCCGUGGCGGAAAGAGAUCAGGUCGCUGAAGACAUUCACCGGUAAUUUUGUCUACUAUAUUCAAUCUGUGCUCCCAGAUGACACUGUAAAAACAGUACUGGAGAAAAUAGGUUACGUUGCAACAACAGAAACAGAGUUUUCACUUGUCAAAAAGAGAAACAAUGAGGAAACAAAGCAGACUGCAUUUGAAAUAUUCCUGGCAAGAAUUGAGUGUGAAACCAUCCUCGAAAUGACAAAUGAAGAAAAACAUGGCAAUUUGGAGAAGACCCUACAGAAGAGAACACAAAUGCACCGGCGUCAUGGAGAUAAAGACAAAGAGGAUCAGACACCUCAGAGAGAAGACACUGAAAAUCUAGAAAAUGAAGAAAACAGUGAGACAUCUUUGUGCCUUGCUACUCAACUGAUGUCUUCAACUAAUAGUGAUAUAUCCUUUGAAGCUGCUGGGAAUCUGAAGAUCAAAGAUGAUGUGCCUCAGUUAGCAGUUGCUCCAUCCACUAACAGGCUUCAGGAACACCAAAGGCAAGUCAUUAACACUGCACAUUUUCCGGGGAAAUGCUCCGACAGUGAGGACUUCUUGAUCAAAUAUAGUGACAUUGUCAUAAGACAAACACCUAUUUUCAGUGAGAAUCUUUCUCCAAAAGCUUUUGAAAAAAAGCCAAGAGCCAGUCUAAGUGAAGAAUGUGCUCUGGCAGUCACUGCAGAGUCAACUGCAAAUGAGAUCAGGCCUGUGCCGCUCUCCCCAGGAGCAAGCGGUCCACCAGCCUUUGCAAUAUUUGCUGACAGCUCUCGUGACAGCAAAAAUACUUUAGAGUAUAAAGCUCAAAAAGUCGCUGAAGAAUCAAUUGAAGCAGAAAUUAACGAUGCCAUGAAUUGCAUAGACCCAGACCCUGCAGAUGAACCCAAUGAGCUGAAGUCUCUGCCGUACAAGGACGUUUCAUCUGUCCAAAACGGCAGUGUCCCUAGGGAAGAGGAAGUUGGUGAGUUGUCUUUCACCUUCACAAAGCUACAAAUCAAGGACACGCAGGAAAACCUUACAUAUCCAGUAGAGGAAACUGGCCAAGCUGAGUCAAAGUCAUAUGCAAAUACAAGUGACAGGCACGUAAGAGAAUUUAAUCAUUCUAAAAUAAAACACCCAUAUCUGACUAAUGCUCAGAUGCAGAACAGAGCAGCUGUACAUGUUGAGCCAUCUUCAGAUCUGUGCUGUACUCCUGGGAAUAUGGAGGAGCCCACCACUGGUUCUCCUAAUGCCCACACAGCUGCUGAGUGCUUCAGACACAUUAGAGAGCCCCCCAACCUCACCUACAUCCCACCACAAAGUAUUGAUGUUCGGUCUUCGUACAUAAGAAGGACCAGCACACACAGCAGAAGGAGCUUCUUGCAGCCUGAAUGUGACUCUCCUGAUUGCAGUGCAGGAAAGCUGGACAACUGUAAUUCCAAAAUAAAUGAAAUCCAGGAGCCUUAUGUUGUUAUUGACAAAACCGACCAAGGAAUGUUAUGCCAUGACACCUGAUUCUACCUGUGCUUUAUUUGUAAGCUUCCUUGGUUUUUUUUCCUGUCACCUGUGGCCUUGAUAAUCUUUUCAAGGACAUGAUCAGCUUUGUCAAAAGUUAAAAAAAAAACAAACAUACCACCACUUUUGGACAGUAAUAAAAGGGAAGGAAGUAGUUGGGCAAAUUCUUACUGGCCCCUUCUUAACUGGAACCUUAGUCAUGGAAACCCAGAUGGUCACCUUUCUAAAGCUAGGCAACUUUUAUAAAUUUGUAUCCAUUUAAUUCCUUAGCAAGGGUUCAGGCUGUACUUAAUGCCAGACAGCACUGCUGAGGGUUUUUUUGCUUUACAGACCUGUUCCUGGAGCAUUCUUCAGGAAUAGCAUGCUGUACAAUGGGAAAAACAGGUACAUCUUUCUCAAAAUGUUUCCCAACUAGAAGACCCAACUUUGUAGCUUUACAUGUGUAAUACUGAAGUGGGUGCAUCUUUGGAAAACUUCAGAAAAUUCUGUAAUAUUCCUUUAGGUUUAAAGAAGGAAACAGCUCUGUGACACUUUGGGGGUUUUUAGAGGUAAUAACCUGUAUUACGGGUUUCAUAUUUCUCUCUAUGUCAACAUUUUUUGUGUGACUACCACUACAAAUUUCAAGACAAGCACUGAACAUGAUCUUUGUUCACUGCAACCAGAAGAGGGAGAUCCAGCUACUGCUGCCCUUUCCCUUGCUCCUGUUCUUGCCCCUUAACUCUGCACCAGCUCUGGAGUUCACUGGACUUCUCUGUAAGCCACUAAAUCUGCAAGCCAUCAUUCCACUAAAAGGAAUGGAAAAAGCAUUGGAAAAAGGAAUGUCCCAGCAUUGACAACCAUUGUCAUACACACAAUUUAAUUAAAUUUAGAAAAGCGCAAUCACUGGUACUGUAUUUCGGCACAAUCUUCAAUGCUUCUUUAUACAAUUGUUACCUAGAGAGUUUAAUACUUCAAGUAAAUUUUACAGUAGCACUUCAGUGCCAAGAAUGAUUUGUUGUUUCACAUGUAGUUAAAAUACUAGCUCAUAUCAAUUUAGUGUAGAUUGUUUUUUGGAGAUGAAAGUCAGUUAUAAAUUAGGAGGAGCACAUGAAUUAUACCAGAAAAAGACCUCAGAAACUAAAAUGUAAAGAUCUGCUAACUCACUGCUGAAGGCCUGUCAUCACCCACUUCCAGCUGUGCAGGAUUAAAAUUUUGACCAAACUAACAUCAAGUGGGUGGAGUUGGGAGAAGAGAUAUUGUGAACAUGCACACACUUUUGUACUGGGAUGGGGUAGGAUUGAGAACUUCCCUAACAGCAGCCCUUGGGGUGGUGUGUUUGUUUUUUGUAGCCAAAAUUGUUGGCAAUAGACCAGUGGCCUGGUUAUUGCUGAGCAGUGCUUGCACAGUGUCACAGAUUUCUCUCUCAAGCUGUACUCCUCACCCCCAAUGAGUAACCGGGAGAGAACAGUGCUGGGAUAGGUGAUCUGAACUGACCAAAGGGAUAUACCACACCAUGUACGAUCAUGCUCAGCAAUAAAACUGGGGUAGCAGAAGGUGGGGGAUUUUAUCUACCUUGUGGACAUUGCUCAGAGACCGGUUGGGCACUGUUCAAUGUGUGGGAGGUGGUGAGUUACUGCCAUUGCAUCACUUGUUUUUUCCUCUUUCCUUCAUUUACUAAACCUUUGUCUCAACCAAAAAGCUCUAGAUUUUGCUCUUGCUAUUCUCCCCUGUCUUGCUGGGGAAGCAGGGGGCAAGCAGUUGUGUCACUGCUUAGCUGCUGGCUGGGUCAACCCACCACAACUUUACCCUUCUUUCAAGUACCUAUCCGUUCUUCUCAACCAUUUUACUUUUUAUAAGCUGUAUUUUCCCCCUGUGGGGGUUAUUAAAAUUACAUAGUGUAAA